AUGUCUUCCCCAAUGGCUCGAAGGACGAUGAACAAUUGCACGAGAUCGAUUGUCGAUUCAUCUCUCUCUAAAAGUCUGACUAGACCUUCUCUUCAUGCUCCUUGCCAAUUCGUGGCGGGUCAAAGGAGAUGCAUCACGAUCAAACAGCUCGAGGCUGCGAAGAACGACCGCGAACGAGUCGUCAUCCUCGGCUCGGGCUGGGCAGGCUACAACCUCGCCCGAUCCCUCAACCCCAAGAAAUUCCAAACCGUCGUCGUCUCGCCCCGCUCCUACUUCGUCUUCACACCCCUCCUCGCCUCCACCUCCGUCGGCACCCUCGAAUUCCGCACCGCCCUCGAACCCGUCCGCUCGCGAAGCAGCAAGUACGAUUACAUCCAAGGCCGAGCCGAUGGAGUCGAUUUCGGACGAAAAGAGAUCAUGGUGCGGGAGACGGUGCGGGAUCCUAAUCAAGGUCUGCUGUCUACUCGAGCUGGAGAGAAGAAAGAUGAGAGGCCGUUGGAGAUGCAGAUCGAAGCGAGUCGGGGGGAGCUGUUUAGUAUGAGUUAUGAUAAGUUGGUGGUGAGCGUGGGGAGUUACAGCCAGACGUUUGGGAUUCCUGGGGUUAAAGAGAAUGCGUAUUUCUUGAAGGAUGUGCAGGAUGCGAGGAAGAUACGGAAUAAGUUGUUGAGUUGCUUUGAGACGGCGGCGUUGCCUACGACACCCAAGGCGUUGAAGAAGCAGUUGUUGAAUUUUGCAAUUGUUGGUGGUGGUCCUACUGGAAUCGAGUUCUCUGGUGAGCUUCAAGACAUCGUCAAGGAUGACAUGGCCAGGCUUUAUCCCCACCUUACAGAGCACGUCCAAAUCACCGUGUACGAUGUCGCCGACAAGAUUCUCCCCAUGUUCGACGAGACGCUCCAUGACUACGCAGUGGAGCACUUCGCAAGAGAAGGAGUAACCCUCAAAACCAAUCACAGCAUCCGCGAGCUGCGCAGAGGAUUUCCGAGAAGGGAAGGAACAGAGGACCUGAACGACGAUGUCAAAGCCAGCGGUUACACAUUGAAGUUGCAGAAUGGUGAAGAGUCGGAGAUUGGAUGUGGUAUUGUCGUAUGGAGUACCGGCCUCAUGAGCAACCCCUUCAUCCAGAAAGCAUUGAGUUCGUCCUUCACGGCGCCAGCUUCGUGUUUGCGAUUGUCGGACGAUAUCGAUGCGAGCCCUGACGGUGUGGCCGAUUGGAAGGUACAAAGGCAUCCAAGGACUGGCAGUGUCAUUACAGAUGACUUUCUCCGGGUCCAAUUGGAUGCUGGUGAUCACCACGAGGACCGACCAGCGGCGAUUCUGCGCGAUGUGUAUGCCCUUGGCGACUGUGCUGCGAUUGAAGGCACCACGGACCCGGCAACCGCGCAAGUUGCAACCCAGAAGGCCAAGUGGCUAGCGAAGAAGCUUAACAAGGGCGACAUCAACACUCGCGGCUUCUCAUUUGCUAGCCAGGGCGUGAUGGCGUAUAUUGGUGGUUACCGUGCGCUGGUGCAGAUGAAUCAAGCUUCGCUUUCUGGAAGGACCGCAUGGCUGUUAUGGCGAGGAGCGUAUCUGACCAAAUCCAUCAGCUGGAGGAAUCGUAUCCUGAUUCCUAUGUAUUGGGCUUUCGGCCGUGAUAUCUCUAGGUUUUGA